AUGAAAAAGUAUGCCACGAACGCAAGAUUGAUUUCUUUCACAUAUUUCUUUUAUGUUUUUUCAUGCUUUUCUGGGUUCCUAUUAAGUUCCUUUACGCCCAAAUUACUGGAUAUCGUGUUACCCCUCAAUGAAUCCCGGUCUAUAACUAUGCCUUAUGACGUCUAUUAUUUCGUAGACGAAGAAAAAUAUUUUUUCUACAUUAUGUUUCACAUCUGUGUGUGCGGAACUAUAUCUGUUACGGCGGCAAUCGCGCACGAUUGUACGUUUUUUAUUUAUAUUGAGCACGUCUGCAGCCUUUUCGCUGUGGCUGGAUUUCGUCUGGAGACUUUAUUACGUAAGGAUCGUAAUAAUGCAAUUAAUCUUUCGGAUAAUCGGAAAAUCGUUGUCUCCAUUCAUGCACACUGGCGAGCUUUACGAUUUGCGGAGAUUCUUGAAGACAUCUUUUACACUGCUUUCGCAGUACAAAUGCUGAUAGUUGUUGCAAUAUUGAGCAUUUCUCUGGCACAAGUUGCGAUACAGUAUGGCGAUAUUCGUGAAAUGUUGAAGUACCUGACGUUUAUCUGCGCUCAAGUAUUACACACGUUCUGCUACAGCCUGCAAGGCCAGAGAUUGAUUGACCACAGCUUGCAAUUAAGCGAUAGAAUAUACAAUUCCUCCUGGUAUGAAAUACCUGCGAAAUCACGAAAGCUGUUUAUGUUCGUGAUGCGAAGGAGCAUGGAACCCUGUUUUUUGAGUGCCGGCAAGAUUUUUGUCUUCUCUUUGAAGAACUUUACCACGGUAAAGAUUAUUUAAGAAACAUAUGUUGAUCUUGUUUC